GAAGUGUCGAUUUCCGAUCGUCGAUGAGGCGGAUUACUGCCUCGGUCUGCUGCUCCAUCAUUUCAGCUGAUCCAGGACAGGACAGUUCCUGUGCACGCCCAGCACAGUCCGGCAGCAUGGAUUUUAAUGUGAAAAAACUGGCUUCGGGUGCGGGGGUUUUCUUUACCAGGGCUGUUCAGUUCACCGAGGAGAAGUUGGGCCAGGCUGAGAAGACAGAGUUGGAUCCUCACCUAGAGAACCUGCUUUCUCGAGCUGACUGCACUAAGAACUGGACCGAAAAGAUCUUGCGACAAACAGAGGUUCUCCUGCAGCCAAAUCCAAGUGCUCGAAUAGAGGAGUUCAUAUAUGACAAGCUGGAGAAAAAGCUUCCUUCCAGGUCAACCAAUGCAGAGCUGCUUGGCCAGUACAUGCUGGAUGCUUCCCGUGAUUUUGGUCAAGAGACGCCAUACGGCAGUACCUUGAUCACAGUAGGAGAAUACCAGAAAAGACUUGGAUCAGCUGAGAGAGAGUUCCUUCAAACCUCCGCCACAACGUUCCUCACUCCAUUACGCAACUUCUUGGAAGGAGACUGGAAGACUAUAUCAAAAGAGAGGCGACUAUUGGAGAAUCGAAGGCUUGAUCUCGACAUCUGCAAAGCACGCUUGAAAAAAGCCAAGCAGGCGGAGGCCAAAGCAGCAGCUGCACCAGAUUUUCAAGAGACAAGGCCUCGAAAUUAUGUUCUUUCUGCAAGCGCUUCAGCGUUGCUGAGUGAGGAAGCGGACAAGGCAGAACACGAGCUGCGUGUUGCACAGACGGAGUUUGACCGACAAGCUGAGGUCACCAGGCUUCUGCUUGAGGGCAUCAGCAGCACACAUCUGAACCACCAGCGUUGUCUGCAGGAUUUUGCAGAAGCUCAGGCCACCUAUUAUGCUCAGUGUCAUCACUACAUGCAUGAACUCCAGAGGGAGCUCAACAAAUGUGCUAAUGCAGUCGGCGCUCCCUACCAGUCUGCUGUAUCUUCCGACCCUGCCUCUGAUGCCUUCCCGUCUGUACCCCUCUCCCCUGGUACCACCACACCCGCCUCCUCCAGCAAUAAGCCCAAAACACUGGCUAUGGAGCAAAUGCAGCUCCCUAUCACAGGCACCAGAAAGGCCAAGGUCCUGUAUGACUACGACGCCCACGACUCAAGCGAGCUGUCCCUAUUGGCUGAUGAGCUCAUCACCGUCUACACCGUACCAGGCAUGGACCCUGAUUGGCUUUUUGGGGAGCGAGGCAACGAAAAGGGGAAAGUCCCCGUCACGUACCUGGAACUGCUGAGCUAAUAGAUGAAGUAAUGUCACAGUGCAGACAUGCAAGAGGCUCUUUCUACUGUCACUGUGUCUUUUUAUUUAGUGCACUUCUACUUACGUCUACUUUGGCUGACAUUCUGAAAGCUCUCAAGCUGUUUGCAACCACUAAUAAGUAACUUCCUCCUGGUUUCUACAUGUAACACACUCAGCAUUUAUAUCUUAGUUUGAAAAUAUUUUCCUCUUCGUAUCAGGCAGGUUUCACUCAUGGCCACAAAUCGUACGCAGUACAGCAAUAAGUGGGAGAUUAGGUACAAGUUUAGAAAAUUCCCAUUUUCUUUAAGUAGUUGGUGCACCAAGACUACACUUGUAUUGAGUUGCUGUCACCAAGUACGAGCAAUUGAGCAGUGAGGACAAGUUUAAGCAUCCAAUUCUAGACAAAAUAAAAAUAUUAACCACAGAAAAUAAUUUGUGUAGAAAUUGGUGUGAACGCUGAAAAGCUGAAGCCAAAUGUUGUACAAAAAAUGAGGGCAGUUUUUUUUAAACGUGGUAAAAUAUUAGCCUGAUUGUGUUAGAAAUGUGCACAAAUACUAUUCAUGUGAUGGGAGUUCUGUACAUGAAAUAAAUCGGAAAAAAAUUAUGUGGAAAAUAACUUUUCAGCAUUUAUAUUUUGAAAAUCAAUUUAUAAAUGUGAAAUAGGUUGAGGUGUCCCGAUCUGCAUAUGGAAUAUGGGAUGGUAUCGGCUUGCCUCUAACACAGACGUGGGUAUAAUACGGCCUGCCAGACGUUUCUAAACCAUGUUUUAAAACCAUUAACAUCAAAACUGUUAGGAUUAUUUUAAAUUAUUUUAAUAAUAAUUUAAAUGGUUGGAAUCUGUGCUUUUGAAUGGUAUACUGGUUAUGAGAAUCACAGCAGCUCCAGGCAGACAAAGGCACAAAGCAGAGUGUUGAUUGAUUGAAACUGGUUGAUUGAAACUUUUAUUAGUAGGUUGCACAGUACAGUACAUAUUCUGUACAAUUGACCACUAAAUGGUAACACCCGAAUACGUUUUUCAACUUGUUUAAGUCGGGGUCCACGUUAAUCAAUUCAUGGUAAAAGAACAAUUGAACAAUACUGCAUUCUAAAACACGACAUUUGUCAAAUAAAACAAGUAUAACAUAAUUAUAAUUGCAUAUUACAGAUAAAGUCUCCAAGGCAUGUUAGUCAGUGUCCAGUAACAAACGUGUACGCAUCAAUCGACUUACUGCGUCAUGAGUUCAACUUAAUGAAUUAUUGUGGUCACUCGGUGUCGCCAAGAAACAUUGAACUCCAAGCAUAAGUGCAUUUUAGACAAGUUACUAAUAAAUAGAUGAGUAUUUUUCAUACCAACCAUUGUUCCUUGGGUAAUUCCACUUUCCUAACGUCGCACAUUACUAAAUAAUGUGUUUUAGGUCAAUAUUUGUACCUACCAAUAUUCAGGGUUGCAUAAUAGGUAGCAUGUGUGUCGUCAACAAAAAGUUGUAUCAGGACUCCCCUGGUGUUAAAGAUGAUGAAGAUCAAAGGCAAUUUGUGUUGUGGAGAAUAUUGAAAUAUGGGAAAAGUUGGUGUUUUGGAGAUUUGAAAAAUGGUUAGUCUGAGUGUGGAGAAUGAGCUGGCUGGUUUCAUGUUGGAAAGGUUUGAUUUGGUUGACAAACGUGUAAAUCAUGUGUGGCGUGAUAAACAUUAUAGAACACUUUGUUGCAGAAAAAGCAUGGAAGUGAACGUACACACAAUAAUAAUAAUAAUGAAACUAUAUAACAGAAUAAAAAUACCAACAGCAGACUGAUUAGUGUUGUACUUUCUUCUUGAGCCUUAUUUCAACAUUUUAUUUUCAAAUUUUGAACAUUUCCGAACGUUUUAACGCCGUCAUCAAUUACACUGGGACAAAUAGAAAAAAAUAACUAUGGCGUCACAUGAUUGUUAAAAAAAACAACACUUAUUUUAAUGGUUUUCUAUUGGAACCUUUUUGGGUCAUUUUAUUUAGCCUAAUUUUAUUUAAAAUAUCCACCUUUCUAACCCCCUUGCUUGACAUUGUGACCAAACUUGUUUUAAUAGUCCUUGUUCCAAUGCACUGGCCAGUUGGAAGACUGUACUAGAUAAACGUAAUGUCUCUAACGUUUUGAGGUUUCAUGGAUGUUGCAGACUAGAAAAACAUCCCAUAGGAUGAACAUUGUGACUAGUGAUGAUUAAUCAUGAACGACUUUUGUUGUGAAACAAUAUAGAAUGUACAGUGCUUGUUUGGCUUGGUCUACAACUUCUGACUGCGUAAGACAAGGGUGUCCAAAAUGUGGCCCGCUUUAGAAUAUGACAGGACAAGCAGGUUCCUCACUGAAAACUACACUGGAUUUUCAGCAUAAAAAAGGUUAAAAAAAUCAAAAAUCACAUUUUGAACAUGUUCCAUUUCAGGAAAAACAUUUUGGACACCUUCACUGUAAUUGAUGUGAUUCCUGACUGGCACAUAAUCAUUUUAUAUUGUCUAUCAUACACUUUGUACGUGACAUUAGCAGCAUGCAUGUAUUCAUUUAAUAAUCACAAAAUAUGGCCACUAAAUCACGAGUGGCCAAACUUUUUCCAGCGAGGGCCGCAUGCAGAAUAAUUGAAGAGGGAGUGCAUUCUGUACUUUUGUACAUUAAAGAUGUUAAAAGUGUACUGUAAUGUCGAAUUAUUCAUUUUAUUUUACUUUUACAAUAUGAAGUGGGAAUAAUGAAGGAAGAACUGACCCUGGGACAUCUUUUGGUCACCCCUGGUUUAUAGCAUCAGCCAAGAAUAAAUAUUAAUUCUAUGUUUGUGUCAGUGCGCCAUCUGACACAUUUUUUGUCACCUUUCUGUUGCUUUCAUGUUUUUUUUUCUUGUGUUAUGUUUUCACUUGUUAUGGACAAGACGUGUUGGCUGACUAAGUGUGCAAUAAACUUGCAUGUGUGGAACAGUAACAUGACAGUGUACCUCU